CACAGUGGCAUAAUCGUAAAAUCCAGCAACUUAGUCCCUCUCUUAUUCCUAGCGAUCAUCCGCAGUCCAGUGAGGUUCCGGAGAAGCAUCAGAUCCGAGCGGCGAAGCUUCUGAGCUUGGGAAGCCGUCAAAUGGUUGGAGUCAAGGAGAGAUUCAUCGGAGGUGGUUGCCGAGAGGGAAUGUGGUGUGCUUGACUAUGAUAUGAGGAGAAUGUUGUUGAUGGUUUCUACGACGUUUACAGCCUUAUCCACAGACUCAGGGAAGCAGGGAGAUAUCCCAAUGCCAUCACUCUGAAGAUCUUGAAAGCAAUCAUGGAGCCCUGUAGUUGUGAAUCAACCCCAUUGAUACUUCCCUAGAUGAGUUGCUACAAAUUGCACUGGAUUGUCCUUCCAGCUGUGUUACAGAGGCUGGUUGAACUUGUCACAGGGCAUAUGGGUGGAUCUUCGGAAGAUUCCAGUGUAGUAUUGACAAGGUGGACUGAGAAAAUCACUAAGUUCAAGGCAGCACUGAACACUUGCGUAUUCUCUUUUGGAUUUGUAUUGGUCUCUUCAUGCAUCGUUGCUCUGCUUUUCAAGAGACCCGAAUCUGCGGCCGUCCUUUGCUCAGCUGACGACCGUAAGUGUUGAAGCCUUUGAACCAGCUCCUGCUUCCUUCACCACGAUAGUUUUCAACUAUUCUAUAUGUUUCUUGCGUAACAAGUCACUAUACUGCGGAAAAAUGGAUCACCUUCACUUGUAAUCAUUGUGAAGAAGAAAAGACUCACCGAUAUUGAACAAUGGGAACUCCAGUAAAUAUUAUUGUAGGUUCUCAUGUUUGGGUUGAAGACUCAGACGUGGCUUGGAUUGAUGGUGAGGUUGAAAAGCUCACUGGACAAGAAGUUGUGAUCCAAGCCACAACUGGAAAGAAGAUAACUGCAAAGUUGUCAAAGAUAUACCCAAAGGAUGUGGAAGCUCCUGCAGGUGGUGUUGAUGACAUGACAAAGCUGUCUUACCUUCACGAACCUGGUGUCCUUCAGAACUUAAAGAUCAGAUAUGAACUUAAUGAGAUCUAUACAUACACAGGAAACAUCCUUAUAGCGAUAAAUCCUUUUCAACGGUUGCCUCACAUCUACGAUGCCCAUAUGAUGCAACAAUACAAAGGAGCACCUUUUGGAGAACUAAAUCCUCAUGUUUUUGCAGUCGCUGAUGUUGCAUACAGGGCCAUGAUUAACGAAGGGAAAAGCAAUUCGAUUCUUGUAAGUGGCGAGAGCGGAGCAGGAAAAACUGAAACCACUAAGAUGCUUAUGAGAUACCUUGCGUAUUUAGGAGGUCGUGCAGUUACAGAAGGAAGGACUGUUGAGCAACAAGUUCUUGAA